UGAAACGGCCCCGUAGAGCCCUGCGCUGCGGAGGGAGCUGGCAACCCCGUGUCUUUCACAGGGGAGAUGGAAAAGAAAGCGCAUUUCGUGAAAAGAGACUUUUCUCCCAGAGAGGCGCCUUCGCUGCUGCCGGCGCUGCUGCUGGUGGCGGUGUUGCUCCUGAACGCCCUGCUCUACCUGUACCUCGGCAACCUGCACGGCUCUUCGGGCCGUGCCGACGCCGAGCCCAGCCUCUGUCCUUACGGCUCUUUCAGACUAGGACCGGUGAAAAACUGCUCCCCCUGGCUCUCCUGUGAAGCCAUCAGUAGGGAAGUCAGAAAACUCAAAUGUGUUGGUGAAGGAGCCGUGAAAAAGGUCUUUCUUUCUGAGUGGAAGGAAAACAAAGUGGUCAUUUCACAGCUCACCAAACCGGAGCUGAAGGAGGACUUUCUCCACGGACUGAAGAUGCUGAAGGCACUACAGAGCAAGCACGUUGUCCGACUGCUUGGCUACUGCGAGAAGCAGUUCACAAUCCUCACCGAGUACCAUCCUCUAGGCUCCCUGAGGGGUUUGAAUGAAACUCUGCACAUCCCCAAGUACAAGAGCAUGAACACUUGGCAUCGGAGGCUGAUGCUUGCUAUAGACUAUGUGAGCAUAAUUCGCUACUUGCACAGCAGCCCUCUGGGCACCUUAGUGAUGUGCGAUUCGAACGACCUGGACAAGGUGCUCUCUCAGUAUCUUCUAACGAGUGACUUUCACAUCCUGGUGAAUGAUUUGGACGCUUUGCCUCUCGUUAACAGGAGCGCCGGCAGGCUGGUGAAGUGUGGUCAUCGGGAGCUCUGGGGAGAGUUUGUAGCUCCUGAGCAGCGUUGGCCCUAUGGAGAGGAUGUGCCGUUUGAUGAUGACCUUAUGCCCCCAUACGAUGAAAAAACAGACAUCUGGAAAAUCCCGGAUGUCUCCAAUUUUUUCUUGGGCCACGUUGAAGGCAGUGACAUUGUGCGACUGCACUUGUUUGACAUCCAUGCGGCAUGUAAGAAGAAGGACCCAGCCGAAAGGCCUUCUGCCCAGGAGAUCUUAGACACCUACAAGAAAGUUUUAACUCUGUUGAUUCGGGAGGCAGCCAUGCCUGGUACUAGGGAAAUGUUAUAGCAAAUGAUGAGACAAACGGUGGACUGAAGUUGACGUUCCUAUUUAUUUAGCUUGCCUGAAGGGCAAAAUCUCUGUCCCCUCAACUGAGAAGAUAAAAACAACUGACUUUGUAUUUUACCUUUUGAUUAAAAAUUAUCUACCCAAUGCUGAAGCUGUGCACCUUUCCCAUUGGCAUGUUUAAUCUAUCACUGUAAGAGGAGGAGGGAAAAAAAUUAAGUUUUGAGAACGGGGGAAAUUUCUCAAGAUGCGGAAUUUUUCUUUUGCAACAUUUAUUAUAAAAACUCCCCUUUCAAACACAAAACAGUUUUGUACAGAAAGAGUUUAAAAAAGAAAAAAGAAAGAAAUACAGUCCUACUUAAACAGCAUGCCCCUCAAGCUCUGUGCUGAUUCCAGUGGCUCUAGCCCAUGUGUUAUGCACAAAGUCCUCACCUAAUUCCCCGUGGAGUAAAAGCAGUGGGUGUUCAGAAAUGAGUACAGUUCUCUUCAGGUUUUGGUGAGCUCUGAUGCCACCUUCCCAACCACCAUGCCCAGCCUCGCUGCUGGAUGGGAUAUUCCAUGGGCUGCUUUUGGAGCCGUGCAACCAUUGCUCUGUGGUCUCACUAAACAAACAUGUUCCUAGUUUGUAAGCAAGCAAAUGAUACAGAGGCAGCUUAAACAUGCAUGGUUUUGGUUUUGAAACACUUGCCCCUACAGUGUUCUCGGCAAGGUUCUUUGGAGAUGAGGGUCCAGGAGUCCUCUUGGUCUUUUUUAAUCCACAGAAAGUGUGAGCUCUUUGGAAGAGGGCUAAGUGUAUCUUUUAUGUAUAUUCAUUUAAUCCUUUUUGCACUCACUUUUGUGUUCACUGAAUGUCAUGGAUGGAUGGAAGGAGAAAGAACAGGGAAUGGGAAGAGAACGAGACUUCCUUCCACAGCAAAUUGUGUGUUGGAAAAUAAAAGCCUUACAUUCAGAGUAAACAACUCUGUCAGGCCUGAAUUCAAAAUGUAUUCAUCAGGGGAAAAAAAAAAAUAAAAAGAAAGGCUGCUUCUUUGUUCAGUGAGUUGAGGAGAAAGCUCCUGGUACCAAUAUGGAUGUUAAAGCCUGUAACAGGUACCAACCUCUGGAGAAAGAGAAUAAUGAUGCCUUCAUUCUGCAGUAGGCCCUGUUUGAUGAGAUUGGGAUUUAAUUGUGCUCUUGGUGGAAAAAAAAACAACAAAAUGGGAAUACUAUGAAUGAGAUGUGGAGUCUACCAUUAGUAGAGGACUUUCUAUACCAUGGAGUAGGCCUUUGGAAGGCCUAAGGGCCUGGGGACAGCUUUCUUCCUGUCUUUACUUGAGAGGUGAGUUACAGGCAGAGAAGUACACUGUCCUUUCUGCUGAAGAGUUUGUUUCUGUUCCUUGUCACAACGAUAGUCCACUUCAUCUAAACAAUCUAUAACUGAACUGAGAAAACAGGUUUUUUACUUAUGUUCAACUGCAUGUGUUCUUUUGCUAUAAAAUUUCAUUGUAAAUGAGAAGACUGUCCUGCAAAUGACAAAAUUCCUAUCUGAUUUCUUAUAAUGCUAGCAGGAGUUCUUUCAAAGCUGGUCAUUAUGGUUUUUCUUUCCCAGUGGGCAGUCUAUUUUCUUAAUUUAGCUGAUUUUGCCAUUUUCCAGCUGUGCAGUUCUAGCCAGCAGAACUCUUCCUGGCAGCUUUCCUAUUCACGUCAGAAAUUAAAGCUCCAAAACAAAGCAGUGACUUUGGAUACUUCAUGUGUAUUUUGGACUUGGAUUCAAAGCACCUUCAAGAAAGGUGUGGAGAAAAAAAAACGCUGUCCCUGCUGUAAUUGUGUAAAUCAUCCCAUGAGUUAUUAAUAGGGUUAUCCAGGCUUUUACAGUUCCAGCAUGAAGUUACGAUGCGCAGGUGUUGGAAAAGCAUCCUACUGUAGCUCUUCAAGGCAGAUCCUUUGCUUAUCCCCACAACAGCAUUUGUUACUUUUUGUUAGUCCUUAUGUGUACUUGGAAGGAAAAUCAGUAUCUGAUGCCUGUGAAAUAAACACACCAUUUGUCUUUUAUGGCAGUAGCAAGGGCAGUCGAGUAGAACCAGCCAAGCUUCUCAUGCUGGUCUCUUGCUGCUUGGAUUCUUGCUCUGCUGUGUACUACUGCACCUUGCAAGCAGCCACAUGAAUUUCAAAGAGUGAAAAAUAAAUGGGGACAAAAUCUGGUUCUGAAUCUU